UUGAAGCUCUGGUUCAAGCAAAAGAUCAGUAAAGAGGAGUUUGACCUGGAAGCACGCAGGCUUCUCACGCAAGACAAUGUCCACUCUCACAACGAUUUCCUCCUGGCUAUUCUUACCCGAUGCCAGAUCUUGGUUUCUGCACCAGAAGGUGCUGGAUCUCUGCCAUGGCCAGGUGGCUCUGCAACUAAACCUGGAAAACUCAAAGGAAAGAAAAAGAUUUCUUCGGUUCGACAAAAGUUUGAUCACCGGUUCCAGCCUCAGAAUCCGUUGUCUGGAGCCCAGCAAUUUGUGGCAAAGGAUCCUCAGGAGGAUGACGAUUUGAAGCUGUGUUCUCAUACCAUGAUGCUUCCUACACGUGGCCAGUUAGAAGGAAGGAUGAUCGUAACCGCGUAUGAGCACGGGCUAGACAAUGUCACAGAGGAGGCAGUGACCGCAGUUGUUUAUGCUGUGGAGAACCAUCUUAAGGAUAUUCUGACAUCUGUGAUAUCGAGGCGGAAAGCCUAUCGUCUGAGAGAUGGCCAUUUCAAGUAUGCCUUCGGAAGCAAUGUUAAUCCUCAGCCAUAUCUGAAGAACAGUGUUGUUGCUUAUAACAAUUUAAUUGAGUGCCCUCCAACCUGUGCGACACCUUCUGCCGGUCAGAGUCUAGCUCCCCAGCCCCCGCCCGAUGAUGCUGAGCAGCAGGCAGCUCUACUCCUAGCGUGCUCUGGAGACACCUUACCAGCAUCCCUCCCGCCAGUGAACAUGUAUGACCUUUUUGAGGCAUUACAGGUGCACAAAGAAGUUAUUCCUGCGCACACUGUCUAUGCUCUAAACAUUGAGAGAAUUGUCAUGAAACUCUGGCAUCCAAACCACGAGGAGCUACAGCAGGAUAAAAUCCAUCGCCAGCGCCUGGCGGCAAAGGAGGGCCUUCUACUCUGCUAGAGCUACACAGCCGUGUCAGGUCUCAGAUGGCUACAGUGCUGUUCCUUGGACUUGACAUUCACAUGCUUCUUACAAACCUGUGUCAGCAUUUCAAGGAUGAUGUAAGUUAUGAGUCAACUUUUCCUAUGGAAAUAUGACUAAGUUGCGGUACACUUUCUCUGCUUCCCCAGAGUCAUGUGCCAUGGAGUGCCUGCAGCAAUCCCACUGAACUGGAAAGGAGAAACAAGAGAUUUGUUUGCAAAGACUGUUUUUUAGGAAAAAUAAAUGUGAGGGUGGAAAGAGUUCGUUUUAA